GUGUCUGUCCGUGUGCGCCUGCUGGGGGGGCGUGGCCUCGCUGUGACCGUCGUGACGCGCUUCCGGCUCUGGCUGGCGCGGCGGCGGGAGCGCGAUGCCGGGCGAGGUGGUGACGCUGCAGCUGGGGCAGUACGCGGGCUGCGUGGGAGCCCACUGGUGGGGGCUGCAGGCCGCCGCGCUGCGCAGCCCCGGCGAGGCCGCCGAGCUCCGCGCCGCCGCGCUGCUCCGUCCCGGGCGGGCGGCGGGCGGCCGGGACACGCACACGCCGCGCCUGGUGGCGCUGGAGCUGAAAGGCGGCGUGGGCUCGCUGAGGCCCGGCGGCGCGGGCCCGGAGGCGCCGGUGGCCUGGGACGGGGCCGUGGCCGCCUACCUGGAGCGCGCCUCGGCCGGGGGCUGCGCGCCGCGGGACGCCGGGCGCCGGACGGAAGAUGCUUCCUCUGCCGGAACGGGCAGCGCCAGCACGGCGGCUUCAGGCGCGUCUCCGGCCCCUUCGCGGCUCGCUGUUUCCCAGGACGUUUACUCGGGCGGCCAGGUGCGGGUCUGGUCCGAUUACCUCAAUGUGCACUUGCAUCCCAAGAGCAUCUAUGUCAUCCGCCAGUACAUGCACGACGGGGAGUGUGGUUGUCUGGAAGCCUUUGGACAAGGUGAAAGUCUCCUGCAGGAUCCCAGCUGCACAGAGGAGUUAGAAGAUCGAUUGCACUUCUAUGUUGAAGAGUGUGAUUACCUGCAGGGAUUCCAAGUCCUCUGUGACCUACACGAUGGAUUCUCUGGAGUUGGUGCCAAGGUGACAGAACUGCUCUGUGAUGAGUAUUCAGGAAAGGGAAUCCUGACCUGGGGCUUGACUCCGGUCACGAGUAACGUGGGCGAUUCUCAGAACUCUUACAGACUGAUGAACACAGCCCUAGGAAUCGUCCGCCUCUCCAGUCACAGCUCGCUCUUUUGCCCCCUGUCGCUCAGCGGGAGCCUAGGCCUCAAGCCCCAGCCUCCCGUUACGUUUCCGUAUAUAAACUACGACGCGUCACUGAACUACCACAGCAGCGCCAUUUUGGCGGCGGCGCUCGAUACCCUCACGGCUCCUUACCGGCUCUGUGCCUCCCAGGGCUCGAUGAUGCACCUUGCUGAAACACUUAACUUCUCUGGGAGAAAGGUGGCGGCAGCGUGGGCGUCCGUUCCCUUUCCUGCCCUACACGGCUACUCGCUCCCCGAUACUUUAAGCGCCUACCAGCAGGAUGUGCCCUGGAGUCUGCUGUCUUCGUGUAGGGAGCGAAAGGUCAGCUGCUGUUUUGCUCAGUCUGUUGUGCUACGAGGAAUUUGCAAAGAAAGUCACACCAGCAGCAGCCGCCAUCCUGGAAAGCCGCCCCCUUCUCCACUCCACGCGUGCGAGAGCACCGAGCAGGUUCUGCAGCGUUACUUGCGCGCUGUGUUUCCUGGGGCCUUCAGCACAUCCCACGUGCUUGAGCAGCCGUGUAAUACCCUACCUCCGUACCCCCAGUUUUUUUCUCCUCUCUUGACCAGACAAGGCUUCCUCCUGGACAAACCUCCCCGUUACUCCUCAGCUGUAGAAAGCAUCCCUGUGCUGGCAGCCCUGCAGUCCUCGCCCGUUCUGCACACGCUCCUCCACGGCUUGUACAGGGAUCUACAGAGGCUGAACCCACGGCGAUGGGCCAGCUUCUUCUCUGCCGGCGUUGAGGAGGCUGACUUCCGCGAGGCCUUAGAGGAGCUAAGAACUCUGUCACAGUGCUAUGAAACGGGGGCUGAAGCAGAUGAAGCUGAAGAUGAAGCCGAUUCGGACUAACUCAUCUUACAGACAGUGGAAGUAAAUAGCUUUAAGAUCACUUUCACAAUAAAGAUACCGGCUUUAAAGAUGGCCCAGCUGCUACUUGCUUUUCACUUCAGCGAAACGCUGUUACAAGGGCUGGCUAACGUUCUCCAGCUACUUUCAGGUGUGUUGUAAAGGAGGAGAGCUGCUUUUGGGGGCUGGUUUGGGGGGUUUGGGGGGCUGGUUUUGGCUUUUUAAAUUUUUUUUUUAACUUUGCAAAGUGAAUUUGCCCUGCCUGUUGGAACAAGACCACACAAUAAAUACAGACUUCAGAUUGUACGUGGGAAAGUUACAAUCAACACAAGGGGAAAACUUUCCAAAAAACCAACCCGUGUGUUUGCCCCACAUGAAAACAGACAUCCUAUUGUACAGUAUUCACAUGUCCUUUUCAAAGGCUGGGGCCCGAUCUUCGCCACGGACUGAAGGUCACCGUCCGCAAGCAUCACUUCUGUCGCUUCGGCGUUGAAGCUCCCCGUAUAGGCUCCAGAGGAUUGUGCCACCCUAACACCCUUCUCCGUUCCUUUAGUUUGAUACAGGUGGCGACGUGCGGCUUGUCAGAAGUGUAGCAGGACGUGAACAACAGAAAAAGGAAGGUGCUAUCUUAAAUACCUGUGCAAAUAUUUUUCCUUUAUCCACAGCACCUGUCUAGCAGCAAACUGGCAAACAGCGCUCCCGCUUCAGGCAGUAGCUUAUCGAGCCGGAAGAACCUUAGUCAUCCGGUUCUUCCUCGGAAAGCAGAAGAUCUUUAUCUGACAACUGGUCUGUGUUACUGGUGCUAGUUGCGUCCUCCUCAUCUUCAGAGCUCCCGUCGCAGGACGUGUGAAACAGCUUCAUCAGUUCUCUGAACCUGUGGGAUACCUGCAGAGCAAGGGAAGUCACGCAGAAGGGGGUACAAAAUGGCAAGUUCGUAUUACAGAGCUCAGGGCGUUUGUGCUCUUAUGUUGGAAAAAAAGCACACAACCACAUUCUAGGUGAGAUUCAGUCAUGAAGGGGAAGAGAAAGGGAAGACCACGGGGUUGUUCUGUUUGCUUUGGAAGAACUGUUCUGUUCUGCUGCUGAUGGAGGCAGGUGACAACCGGCAGAUGGGGACGAUGCCUAGGCAGUGAGGGGGGAAGGUCGAGGGACAAAACCUGCCAGGUGCCUUGUAUUUAAACAGGAGGCUGAAGGCCCAGGUAGCAGUCCCUGAAACAAUUCUGGUACCAAAUGUAAGGCUGGCCUAUCAACGGUAACGUAAAGAGAACCAGGGCAGCCACGGGUUUUGGCUCUGCCAGAACAGAUCAGGGCUUGGUUUGGGUUUGGGUCUUUUUUAUUUGCAGUUGGGAUUAUUUUUCUCUGCUGCAGCAUCAAAUUAAAGUUCCGUUUGGGGGACUAACGUGACAGCAAGUCUCCACCUUCCCUCCCCUCCCCUUUCCCCAGUCGCCGUAGCAGGUGCAAGCGUUUCCACACCAAGCCCUCACCUCACUAGCAGUCUUGUUGCCCAGUUUCUGCGAGAUGGCGUGGAAGGUUUCCAGAUGGGCCCCUUUCUCCUGGCAGGUGGUCAGGAUGACUCUGUCGGCCUCCCUGUGAAACAGCACAAUAGUUAAGAGAGCCGAAAACAAGUGCUGACACACUUUGACCACCGCAAGCCCGAGCGGCCCGUUCCCAGAGCAUAAUGAGAACACAAUUUGGGAGCAGCUUUGUAAUUCUACCUGCAGUUUACCCAUCCUCUACUUCAAAGAAGGCACCCUGUCGUCUAUUUUCUUCACCAUUGCGGGUUACUACAAUCAGCUGCCAUGCAAAGAGUGAUAAACGUAAGAAAAAACACUCUUAAGUGAAUUGCCCAGAACAAAAGCGUAAGCGAAGCAGACAUCACCGCUCUUGGCACCUAAGUACAAGCCCGCUGUGAACCGGAUGGCAGGUUGUUACACUUAAACCACUCUGUGUAACCUGUGCGCAGCGUCCAACAGCCGCGUCACCGAGACGCGGGUGCGGAAAGAAGGGAGAGAUCUCUCAGGUUGUUUAUCCUGCAGUAAUGUGCCAGACUGAAGGAGAAACAAGGAACAUGGAGAUCAUUUAAAGGAGGAUUACAGAGACGGUGAUUCUGAAUUGCUGUGCUAAAAUGAAAACUGGAGAAGAACCCCGUGUCAUGGACUGGUGGUACUGGGAAUUGGAUUAGUGAGAGAGCAAGAGAAGCUUAAAUGGACCGGCCGUUCUGAAAAUGGUGGGGUGCUUCUCUAGUCAGGAAAGCUAUUUUUGAAGGGAAUGCUCUGGAUAUAUUGUGUUUAGAGCACCCAGAGUGGAUGAACACAUGGGAAAAAAGAAAAAAUUAUUAUUAGAAGUUCUCAUUAUCUCAAUAAAUUUGCAUCAGAAA